AUGUCCAUCGCCACUUUCCCUAGCUCUCCCUCCUUCAUCUCGCCCCAAAAACACACGAAGAAUCGUCGGCCGCGCACAGCUUCCAUGCCCGUAAAUAACUUGUCCGAACGCGCACUGCUGCGAGUCCAGAGACUGCUAGAGACGGAGGAGCAGAUGAAAAGAGAAGAUGAGGCUGCGCUGGUGAUGACCGAAUCUCAGCGCCUCACCUUAUUGAACUCAUUUCAAUCUGUUCAAGCUGAGUUUACGGACCUAGAUGGCCUUCGUUGGUCUUCAGCGGACGCGCAGCAGACCAUCAGAGCCACGCCGGUCCCCAUGACCCCUCUGCUCCAUAUGCCUGCAUCUAUGCAUUUCUCUCCCGCUGUCGAAGGUCUGCCACCAACAAGCCCGGGCUUGAGCUCGAGCUUCUCGUCACGGCCGACGCUCGACGCGUUCGUCUCUGACACCGACAACCUGAAAACUAUCCGUGCGUCGGUAUCACCCCUACGUCAGAUCGUGCAGCACAUAGCCAAUGGUGCAGGCGCUGAGACGGACCCGAGUCCUGAUAGCACGCGCGGGCGGGAGGCAGACCGGAAUAAAACCGUUUCGACCGCCCAAAAGAUGCAGUGGUCUUGA